CAAAAUCCAAGUGCAAUAAAAAAUGGUAAAGUUGCAGAGACGAGAAACACAAGGUGAGAGAGAGAGGAGAGAUGAUCGGAGGAGGAUAAGAAGAAUAGAAAUGGUAAAGUGCUCUUGGGUUUUGGUUCGUCACAGUCGAAGAAGAAGAAGAAGAAAAGAAAUCGAAGCAGUUAGCAGUGGCUUUCUUCUUCAUCACAGCCGAAGUUGAGGGUUAAAUCGAGAAGCUAUGGUUCGUCAAAAAGGAUGGCUUCAUCUGAUAACAAUACACAGAGAGGACGGAAGGGUUUUAUCAGUGAAGAAGAUAUUGCUUUGGUUUUAACUAGGUACAGUGCACCAACAAUACUAACUCUACUUAAGGAAGUUGCUCAGUAUCCUGAUGUGAAAAUCGAUUGGAAUGUGUUGGUAAAGAAGACGACGACCACUGGUGUUACUAAUGCCGUGGAAUAUCAGAAGUUAUUGAGACAUUUGGCAUAUUGCGAUAAACUGCCAUUAACAAUAGAAGAAAUACUUGAGGAGCAGCCAUUGGAAGAUGAUGAUAGUGAUUUGGAGUAUGAGUUGGAAGCUCUUGGUCCUGUUAAUGGUGAGGCAUCAUUAGAGGCUGCAGCUUGUGUUAAGGUGCUGCUUGCUUCUGGUUUGCAAGAUGACGCAGGAGGAGUUUCUGCGACUGUAGAAGCUCCAUUGACUAUAACUAUACCUACUUGGCAGGAUUAUAAAAGUCCAUUGGAUGAUCCUCUUCUAUGCAGCUUAAAGGGAAUAAAUAUUACUGUUCCAGUUUCUGUACAAAAAGUGACAACAACUGCAGUGAGAACAGCUGAAGAAGGAUUGGAUGCAACUGCGUCAAAUGCUGGUGGUCAUCCUGGAAAAGGAAAAAGGAAGCACUGGACGGCAGAGGAGGAUAAUGAACUCAUUGCUGCUGUGAAGAAAUUUGGUAAAAGGAAUUGGGCUAACAUUCUUAAGGCAGAUAUUUUCAAGGGUGAUACGACUGCUUCACAACCGUCUCAAAGAUGGGGAAUCAUAAGGAAGAGACUAAAAUUGGAGACAGGUGGAGGGGAACUCAUUGCGCAACAGCGUGCUACCAACCGAGCAGUUUCUUCUGCUCUUAAUAUGCCCAUAAUUAAUAGCUUAUUGGCAGCAUAUGCAGCUUCUGUGGUCCCGAAUCUGAUGGUACAAGAAGCUGCUGUUGCUGCUGGAGCCCGUAUAGCCACUCAUUUGACUGCCAAAUCGCUGCGUAAAGCUGCACGAUCCAAGAAAUCAUCAAUGCCAGGUGUACAUUAUAUUUGCACAGGCUUGUCAUCAGCAUCCCCAGCCACAUACUCUACUUCGGUACCAAGUGUCUCUCUGCCACCACCAACACCUGCAGGAAAAGUCAGGUUCCUUCUGUCAGUGUUCUCGCCUCUGCAUCUACUUCAUGUGGGACGGUUGCUGCAGGCAAGAAGACAAAUAGAGUUGCGAGUGCCAGAGUUGGGAACACGUUGGAGGAAGAAAAUGUUUCAAACUCACAUAAGGAAGUAGUCACAUAAUUGGUUUUUUUCAGCUGAUAUAGCAAAUGAUGGCAAACAAGAUGAUCAAACAGCUUUGCUAGAUUCAGAUAUGGUUAUCGGAGAACAAAUGACUCAGAAUCUUAGUAAGUUACCAACUGUUGAAGCUGCCGCCAGUGACCCAAUGCAGCUAGACAAUCAUCAUAUUGAAAAAGAAAAAGAGAAUACGAAGACUCCUCCUGCAGCAGCCAAGUAAGGUUAUUUAGACUAUUGUUAAUAUGACCAUUAGUUCAAUUAGUAGAUGUUUUCAAAAAUUGGAGUUAGAAGAAGGAAGCAGAGGUAGGGAAAGCACUGGCUAUAUACAUAUAUAUUUGUAUGAUUUAAGGUAGAAACUUGAAUGAUCAUGAUUGGUUUUGGAGGUUAUUGUGUUUCUGCAAUCAACUGAGUUGUUAUACCUCUCUAAUUAAGGUUUCCCAAUGACAGUUUUAAGAAAUAUAUUGUUUAUA